AGGCACUGGUCUCACAAAGGCAUCUAUUUGCUGACAAGGCUUGUGACCACAGAUGUAGCAUUGUCCUUUCCAAGCGAAAGAGGAAAGAGACAAAGGCAGCGUGGUGCGAAGGAGCAGGCUGGGGGCUAUUUCUCCACCAGUAAGGCUGCUAAAAUGAUGAGGUGACAUGCUCGCAGCACCAGGGCCGUGCACUGACCUGUUCUCCCAGAGCUCUGCCCUGGCUGCUACCCAGCAGGAGGAAGGAGCCGAGCUUCCAUCGGCAUUCACGGCUGAGAUGCAAACAAGCAGGCAGGGAACCAGAGCCACGUACCAGAGUGACAGCGCAGAGAUGGAAUACAGUCCACUCAGACCACUAGAAGAAACAAAGAGGCCCCAAUAACCUCCCCUAGUUUAUAGAAAAACAACUGCUUUGUACAUGGAUAAAUUUAUCCUAAAACAAGCAAACAAACCGAACCAAACCAAAACAGGGAAGGGGUGAGAGAAGCAGGUGGUGUUCUGAAUUUCAUAUGAAUCCAAGCAGCUGCUUGGAAGACUAAAAUUGCAAUGGCAAAAAUUUUGCCUUGGGGAAUGAGCAUGCUGCGGCUGACAGGAGCACUGGAGGACAAUGUUUGAAAUCUAUUUUCCUGACUCGGCAGCAUUCUUACCUAAAAGGUACACGCUAUCUCUUCCAAGUGGCUGGAAAGGACAAAGAAGGAUUGUCCACAAUGCACAAACUCAAAGUCACACUCAGAGUUGGAAGGCAAUUUAAUUUUUUUCAAAAAUAGAAUAGUUUUUAAAAAGACACAAUCUCCAUUUGGAUCAUGCAAUGGGUCUCAGUGCAGGUUUACAAAAAAUAGGAAGAACUCUCAGCCACCUGAAAUACUAAAGGUAGUUUUUAACAGGAGCUGCCCAUGAAACAAGCACAUUCUGAUGAGACAACUUUCUUGUCCCCUAAAGGCAGUGUAGACAACUGGGCUGAUGGUAGUUUCAGGCUUCUACCAAAAUAGCAAUGUGGUAGCUGUGUAGAGGCUGCAGCUGAGAGGAGCCUGGGAGCACAGCCAUAUAUAGUCUACAUGAGCGCAUCUCUGAUGGAGGCCUCUGAAUGGGGCUCCAUGAUUUAUGACCCUAUAGCUGUGUUUGCCUGGUCAUUUGCAACCAGUGUUAGAUUGUGAUGUGAAGGUGCUGAGAGGGGACUUCCCAUCUGCUGUGCAUGCCUUGUCUCCCUGCCAAGGAAGACCCUCUGACCUCUGUGUCACAGUGGGAUUGCUUUACUCACCUGGAAUUUUGCCACAUGCUUCAAUGAACAUGAGCAUCUCACACAGCGUGAGGCUUCUUCACAUGGCCAUGGCUUCAUGGUUGGGAUCUCACUCCAGUGUUUUCCCUUCUGGGGGUAAGGAGUGCUGCCUCCCCUGCUUCCCGGCCCUCUGGGACUGCCCUGCUGCACCUUGAAAAUGACCAGGAAGAUCUUCACCAACACCAGGGAGCGAUGGAGGCAGCAAAAUGUCAACAGCGCCUUUGCCAAGCUGAGGAAACUUAUUCCCACCCAUCCACCGGACAAAAAACUGAGCAAGAAUGAGACACUACGGCUAGCCAUGAGAUACAUCAACUUCCUUGUCAAGGUGCUGGGAGAGCCAGGCCUGCAGCAGACAGCAGUGGCAGCACGAGGCAGCAUCCUGGGGUUCCUCCAGCAAGCCCCAUGCUUGCAGAGCAUGGAGGAGCUGACUCUCAUUGAAAGCUGUGGUGCUUCAUCUCCUGGCAUGAGCAGCAACAUGGCAGAAUGCUGGUCAGAGACUUCAUCUCCUUAGCAGAGAAUGAGAGAUACAGUCUUGGUGUUAGUCUGAUAGUCACCUUUGCUGUGGGUUGCUUCUCUAUGUACAAUGAUUAUUUAUUUGUAUUUAUUACUGCUUUAUUUACGUUUCUAUUUAAUGGCAAAGGAAUUCCUUGGUCAGCUAGCAACUGAAAGAGCAGAGGGAAAGCUGUCAUGCUCUGGGGACUAGGAAGGACUCAUUGCUGUAACAGACAAUUCUAAGCCAGAAGGGCCUCUACCCUGACCUCCUCCAUCAGCUGGGGCCAUAGAAAUCCAUCCAGUAUUCUGGCAGGGGAUAUAAUAUUUUCUCCAGUCCUCCACCACUGGUUCUAGUAGCCACCUGCACUCACUGUAAAUCUUAUUUCCAGCAUGAACUUCUUUGAAAAUACAAAUCCUGACCCUUGAACCUGGCUAUAUCUUUCUCCAUCAGACUGGAGGAAUCCCUAAUGUUACAGAAAAAUGCUAUUUAACAAAUUGAAAAAUUAGCUUAAAACAAAAAUGUUGUUUUGAAAUAAAUACAAUAAAGAGUCACAGAUGAAUUUCAGUGAAAUCUGUGAAGCCUAUGCCUAGCAGUGACAAUAUGUACAUGAAGGAAGCUGGCUGACUACACUCCAGCUGCCAUCGAAACCCAUCAAGGAGGUUGCUGGCUAAAUGCCUUUGUUCUACAACAGCUGUAAAAAUAGGGGAAGUCCUUGUUCUGAGCAGGAGGUCUCAAGAAAAAGGCCUUUAUGAUACUCUCAGAAACCUUUUAUGGAACACAAGCGAGCAGUGCCCCUCUCGUGCACAGGUGGGAUGUAAUGAGCAAUGUGCUCCAGUGCCUGCUUGGCAUAGGCUGCAUGCCAGGGGUCUUGGCAACCACCAUGCUGUAGGCGUCCAGGCAAUAAGCAGGAUGAGCAAGAGUUUUGUGAGGGUGAACGCUGUGGGCUGAUGCAUACAAAUCAAUUUCCUGAAUUAUAACCUGUGUCAGAAAAGAUUUGUCCUGCUCGUGAAAGGUACAAAGCUGCUGGGAGCAAGAGAAAAAAUGACAUCGGGCUUAAAUAGAUCUGCUACCAGGUCAACUCAUGUUCCCAUGGACAAAAGUCCCUUCUGUUUCCAAAUGAAACAAGGUAUAUGUCAGUGUUUAGAAAAAAAGCUAUUCAUGACAGGUAAAGAAAUGGAGCCUCCACAUGCCACGGCAUCUCUCUGGGCUGUUUCUUCUUAUCUGUGAGACAGGGAGCUGCCUUCAGGAAGCGGAGACUGUUUAGGUAACACAUACAGCCCUUCUGCCUGAGGGGAUUUGUCACCCACAGCUCAGCUGCAUUUAAAGCCUCACCAAACAGCAGGCAUACUUUUCUCCUUCCUCCUUGGCAUCUUUCAGGGCUGCACCAAAAAUAAAUAAAUAAAUAGAUAAACAGGACUGGUUCUUGUGAAGAGUAUAUCGUGCUGCUUAGUGCACUGACAAAGGAACACUGCUCACUCCGUCCAGGGUUGAUGCUGUGGGGUGCAGGAAUGUCAGUGGAAACCUUAGACCAAAAGAAAAAAACAAUGUAAAUGGUUAAUGACCAUUUUGUUUCUGAACACUGUGAAUAUUCACUUGCUUACUCCUGCAUUACUGGGCUCUGAGGGCUAAGGAUGGUCAGGAGAGCAGCUGAAUGGAAACACAUAGGAGACUUUUGCAUGGUCUGUGCAAUUAGCACUGCCUUCUCCCCAUCUCUGCAUCAGAGGUAAUGAGCCAAGUCCUCCUCCUAGCUUUCAGUCCAAAUAAAUCAGAGCACUUAUUGGUGAGGUGUGAUGGUGUUCUCUGCUCUAUCAGCAAAGAAAUACACUUGCUAUCCUAAGAAACGUGUCACAAAGACUAGUCAAAACAUCUCAUCAGCAGAAUUAUUGCCUGAGGAAGGCAAAAGGAAACCUGUCGAUUUUGUAAUGUAAUGUGCUUGUAAUAUUCUCUAUCUCUUAAAGUUCCUUUCUUGUUAUUGUUUCGGUUCUCAUCAACAUUUCCUUUCUUCUCUUCUUCCAUUUAGGAGCUCCCUACCUUCACAUCCUGUGUGUAUUUGACUAGAUCUAUUGACCAAAGAGGUUUUUGUCAGUUUUUUUUUUCCUUCGUGUUUUGGGGAUUUCUUAUCUGCAUGAUCAGGAACAAAUAUGGAGCACCUGAUCACAUGUUGCGCUACAUUAUGUUAUUUAACGUCUAAUAUAUUCCAAAUAAAUUGUUUAAGAAAUGAA